AUGGGCAACGUUAUUGAGUCAUUUGCUCAGGGAAUUGGAAACGGCGUCGGCAAACUUUUUAGUUCCCCUGUUGAGUUCCUCUCCGGCAAGUCUUGUAGUUCAGUAUGUGGACCAACAUGGGACUUUCUUUGCUACAUCGAAAAUUUCUGCGUUGCCAAUCUCUUGAGACUCGCCAUGGUUUUUAUUCUGCUGUAUGCGGUUCUAUUAUUCUUUUAUCUGCUGCAUAAAUUAGGCAUAUUCGGGUGCAUUGGGCGGGGGCUUUGCAAAAUAAUAUGGGCAUGUUGUUCUUCUUAUUGUUGCAUAUGGGAAUAUGUCUGUGCUUUUUUGUGUGCCAAACUGCACAAUAUUAAAAGGAGAAGAAGGAGGAGGUUAAGAAACACUAUAGAUAACAGGCUCUACUUCGCAACUGAACAAGAUUAUAGUGAUGAAAGUGUUUCAAAUCGUUUUCCAUCACUUUCGCGUAGAAGGAGAGACUACAAAAGCUCGCAUUUAAGAAAAUCUUUACGGGUUAGAAAUGGUGAUCAUGCUCGAGUUGAGAUUAGUAGUUAUAAAAGCAAAAAGCAUCAUGGCAAUAAUGUAAUGGAACAUUGUGAUUACAAAGGCAAUGUUCAUGAUAUUAAGGUAACUCGUACAUCUAAGUUUGCUAGAAAAGGUGUCAAUAGGAGAAAAAGAAUUCUUACAAAGUAA